AUGGCAGGCGGUUUUAUCCACCUUGAUGAAAAGACGAUUUCGCAGUGGCCGGAGCCAAAUAUCAUCGACCCGAAGUCGCGAACCUGGUUACCGGCUUACAGUAUCACGCUGAUAGUCCUCACCUCCGUAACAGUAUUUGGCCGGAUCUUGUCGCAAGCAAAGAAGAGGAUGCAUGGCUUUGACAUUGGUGAUGUGCUGUGCGUCAUCGGCUGGAUCUUCAGUGUCUUCGUGACCGCCACCGUUUUGGUAGGCAUUCAGCAUUAUGGAUUUGACCGGCACAUGUGGGACGUGCCUCGCACACUGUACAAUCGUGCUGCGUUGAUACAUUGGCUCAGCGAACUUGCCUUCAUUUUGAGCACAUGCUUCACAAAGAUCUCCGUCUUGUUCUUCUUCCACCAGCUCAAGCCAUCGUGCACCACCGGCCUCAAGUGUGUCAUCUACGCCUUCAUGGUCUUCACAGCUUGCGGCGCCCUUGCGGAUGCGUUAGUUCUGGUCGAGCAAUGCCAACCCAUCACAGCCUCCUGGAGGGUCUCUACCCUUACCGACGCAGAUACUCGACACUGCAUCAGCAAGAACAUCUACUAUCCUGUCCAUGGAUUACUUACUUGCUUCUCCACGACGUAUACAGUCAUGAUACCCGUUUUGGUCCUUCGCCACAUCCCAAUGACAAAGUUUCAACGGACUGGAUUGAAAUGCAUCUCCCUGGUUAGCUUGAGUGUUCUCGGAGCGGGGAUUGCGCGAACAGUGUUUCUUCAUCGAUUUGCGAUUAGCGCUAAUGGAGAUGCUACAUGGAACGGCUACAAUGUCUUCGUCUGUGCACAGACAGAGUGUAAUUUAGCACUCAUAUGUGCCUCACUGCCCUUCUUACAGCCAUUAUUUGCACCGCGUCGCCCAAUCCCCAUCAUCUUCGAUCAUCCCAACGGCAACGAUCGACGUGAUCUAGUCAUGUCACGCGUAGGGAGCUUCGUAAAUAGUAGCAUCAAGCGCCUCCAUAGCCGCAACGUAGACGACGCCAAUCCACUACCACCAGUAGCAGAGAUUCCAGAAUGGGAGUUCGACGCGCUAAGGUCGCCUGGUGGCACAAUAAGACCUUCGAUUGAGACGACGUACGAACGAUACACCAAAGGCGAGUUUGGCCCGCCUGUGCCGCCUAAGGAUCUGGGCGAUUGGCUCGAGGUGUAUCGACAGCAGCAUGGACAGAUGGUUAGAGGGUAUCCUUUUUGA